UGUUUAAUAUUUUGUACUGUUGUGUUUUGUUGGUCUGGUUCUCAACCAACGUUUACAUUUUAUACCAUACAUUCAGCCAUACCAACAACAAACACACACUUCUAUACAUACACACAGAGUUGUCGUUGUUGUCGGUCGUCCAUUGCUAACAUGCCAGCAGCCACUCCAGUGGCUUGCGACUUGCCUACUAUCAAACAUCUGAACGUCGCGUAUACAUUAUAUUUGAAAAAAAAAUAACAAAAAAAUUAUAUAUAAAAUAAAUAUAUAAACGGACGUGUUAAAUGCGUCGCUACUUUUAUAAUAUUGUUUAUUAAAAAAUAUAAAAAUAAAUUAUUGAAAGAAAUAAAUUUUUGAAAAUAUUAAAAAAACCUAAAAAAUAAACGUAAUAUUAACUUUAAAAAAAGUACUUUUUAUAAAAUUGCAAAAUAUAAAUAAAAACAACUAAAUAUAGAAAAAAUAAUAAAAAAAAACAGCUGAAAUCAUAAUUACAACAUGCUCAACAACAAAAUGUUUUAUUUGCGGAUUAUUCUAACAUAAAAAAGAACACCGCCCCUAAAAAAUACACCCAACUGCAGGAAGAAAAUAAACGACUGGAAUCGUUUUGCUAAAAAAGCGAAAUUUUCAUAAUAUUCCGCCACAACGAACAAAAUGCUGAAUAUUGAAUCAAACAAAAAUAGAUCACAAAAACUCAUGUUACAACAAACUACUAAUACAGCUCAAUAUCUACAAAAGAAGAAAAAAUCACAAAACUUUAAACAACGAAUAUUUCUAGUCUUAAAAAAUACUGCUAACAGCAAACAGCAUAUUAAUGAAUAUUAAUCAGGAGAAGCAACAUCAUCAACAGCAUCAACAUCACCAACACCACCACCAGCAACAGCAACCAACGUUCACCAACGGAAUCCAGCAGCGACACACUAACGCUAGUAAUACAGCACAACAUUUAUCAUCGACACAAAACUCUACAACAAGCUCAAGUCUACCGUUACCACCACCCUUGCACACAUUGCCUGAGUUGGACUUGGAGUAUUUGAAAAAAGCACAUGCGCAUGCACAAGCAACUUUUGCCUACAGCUACGAACGUCAGCAACAACAACAGCUUCAGCAGCAACAACAAUUAGCCAGACGCACGAACUUGGAACACGAAUAUAUUGGCAAGUGUAGCAACGCCUACAAUAUACACAAUUUACCCGUCGUUACCAAUAGCUCAGUUUCAUCUAUGGUAAUGUCACCAAGUAGGCGUCCAUCGCCACCUCGAGCUGCAGCACAUCCCAUGAAUAUGCAUCUUAGUGCUAUGGCUCAUGCACAAAUGCAAUUUCAAUUGCAACAGAAACUUUCUGCCGCAGCAGCAGCUGCUGGUACCACAGGUCAUGCAACACAUGCAGGUCUUGCUCCACCAGGCCACUUAAGUAAUUAUUUUCGUAAUCCUGCUUCGCCUGCAGGAGGUGGCGGUGUCAGUUCGACUUCAUCUGGUAUGACAGGUUCACAUACAACGCUUAGUUCUAGUGCUUCCAAUAACUCAUCAUCUUCAUCCUCAAAUACUCAAACAUCACCCGCCUCGGCAGCUCCUAAUCCUUUAAGUCAUUUGCAGAAUAUGCAGCCGUUUGAUUUUCGUAAAAUAAAUUCUGCAGCCUUGGGUGCAUUUCCCGGUCUUCCACCUCCAGCUCGCCUAAGUCCCAGCGAAUUGGUUCAUCAUCAACAUUUGCAACAGCAAGCCGCCCAACAAGCUGCUAUGUUGGCUCAAGCUAGGAGACGAAUAAAUGAGGCUACUACUCCCUCGGAGAAGAAUGCUGCUGUUGCCGCUGCUGCAGCAGCUGCGGCUCAAAGUAAUCAGUUCUUUAACGCUAUGGCUAUGUCGGGUCAUCCUUUGCCCUUUCAUUUGCCUCCUCCGCCGCCCAUGCCUCACUUACACCCACCUUCUCCCAAUUCAUCUGCUAAUAGCUCAACAGGCUCAGGAUUGCCAGCAAGUUUGACCAGCAACCAAGUGGCCGCUAUAGCUGCUGCAGCCGCAGCUUCCGGUAAUCCUAUGCCCCACGGUCUUCUCUCAUCACAUUUUCCCGGUUUAAACCCUUCACUGGGUAUGGGAAAACCUCUAAUACGUUCAAAAUCACCGGAAAUGGAUAAACCAAAAAAUUCAGAUAUUAAUCACUUACGUGAAUCCUCCACCUCACGGCGCACCCCACCAGUCCGUAGUGUUUCACAAUCAUCUCUAUCUACAUCCUCUGUCACGCAGUCAUCUUCCUCAGUUACAAACUCCUCGAGCAAUUACCAAAGUCAAAGAGAUCUUAGGGAAUCGACCAGUAGUCAAAGAAACUCUAUGCAACAUGAUUCUUCAUCUACGCACAGUCAAAGACUUUCACGAAUAUCUUCUACUUCGGGUUUAAGAUCCAGCCGAAAGACACAUUCUCCCGGUAAGAGACAAUGGGGUUCGCUGCCUGCUAAUUUAGGUACUCAGUUUAUAAAUCCAGUUACGGGAAAGAAGAGAGUGCAAUGUAACGUUUGUCUGAAAACAUUUUGUGAUAAGGGAGCCUUGAAAAUACAUUUCUCUGCGGUACAUUUAAGGGAAAUGCAUAAAUGUACGGUUGAUGGCUGCAAUAUGAUGUUUAGUUCUAGGAGGUCACGUAACCGCCACAGUGCAAAUCCCAAUCCAAAAUUGCAUUCACCUCACCUACGACGGAAAAUAUCUCCCCACGAUGGCCGCAGUGCUCAGCCGCAUCCCUUAUUAUUGCAGCCACCCAAUGGCUUAAUGGCUGGUUUAAAUCCCUUCGGUAGUUUCCCCAUGUUAACACCUCCUCCAGAUAUGAGACACCAUUCUAUGGGUUCUCUAGGGGAUCCCAAACAUAACUCGGAGUACAUGCAACGAGCAUACAUGGACAACGCCUUAAUGCAUCGUUAUGAGGGUAGACAAAUGUCUGGAGCAGAAGUAAUGGGCGAUGACGAGGAAGAUGAUGAUGGUAUGGAUGGUGGUAUUCAUAUAGGCGACAUUGAUGACGAUGAUGAUGACGACGAUGGUGAAGGCAUUGUGGUGGUAGGUGAUGAAGGCGAUAGUAUGCUAGAUAAGACAAAUUCUGAAGAUUUCAGUAUUGAAGAUAAUGCUGCCGAGGAAACCACAUCCACCCUAGGAGAUAAUAGCCGAGAUCAUUUCGAUAGAUCUACAGAUACCAAAACUCCUGUUGAUUACUAUAAAACCAAAGAGAAACCCUUAGACUCGCUUAGAAAAGAGGAUAUGGAAGACGAUGGUCGUAGCACUGCAGAACGCCACAGUACAGAGAGCAAUGAUGACACUCUUAGUGUAACAGAUUCUUGUAGUUUGCGGGAGGAUUGUGAAAGUUCGUCUAACGCUUUAUCUCUGCAGAAUUCUGCUAAUGGCAGUGGUUAUCUUAUGAGUUCAUCGAGUAAACGCAAACGUAAAAAUCAAAAUCCAGUACGUUGUGCUAUACAAUCAAAUGAAAACUCCUGUGAUAAUUCCAAUGAUUAUGAUAUGGCAAAUGAUUUGUCGGUUAAGUGCAAAGCAAGAGAACAUGAAUCAGUUAAAGAGGAGGCUAACGAGGAGACUAUGUCCUUGGAUUUAACGAAACGAACUAGAAAAUCAGAAGAGCACACAAAUGAAGGAGCUAAAGUGCUGCCUUCACCGCCUUUAACUCCUAGUACUGGAACUAGUGAAGCAGCUAGACAUAGUUUAUUGGCCAGUACCCCAGUAAAAUUGGAGCCCAGGGAAUCAGAAGAGGAACAAAAGCAGUUGGAAAGUCCAAGGCGAACUGGUUCACCACAUGAUGUAGAGCAACAGGAGCACUCUUUAGAUUUAUCCUCCACACAAAAACAUGAUUUAAAAGAAGUUGCACAAUUCAAAGAAAACGGCUUAGCCACUGGUCUCUUAAUGCCCGUUAUCAAGGAAGAGCCCAAAGAAGAUUUAUGUUCAUCACCCACAACUAACUUUAACAAUUCCCCAGAAGAACCUGAAGAAGAAAAUCGUUACUUAAGAAUCAAAAAGGAAUUAAUGGAAGAUAAUUUUAAAAUAAACAUAUCAGCAGAAGAUAACAAUAACCUGCCCGAAAACCUAACCACCAAAAACUGCUCUCAAUCCGAACAACCAAAAUCGCUAUCAACAAUCACAGAGGAACACAAUGGCACUGAUUGUAUAGUAGAGGAGGCGGAAGUUCCCAUCGAUAAAGACAAUCCUUUGAAAUGCACCGCUUGUGGGGAGGUUUUCCAAAAUCAUUUUCAUCUCAAGACCCACUAUCAAAAUGAACAUUUAAAAUUGCAUCAUAAAUGUAACAUUGAUGGUUGCAAUGCUGCCUUUCCAUCCAAGAGAAGUCGCGAUAGGCAUAGUUCAAAUUUGAAUUUACAUCGCAAGUUAUUAUCCACCAGCGACAAUCACAACUUGGAUCCUUUACCAGAGCCCAUGAGUAUGAAUAAUAACAAAAAUUUCUCUUCCUCACCGACCAGUAAUAUAUCAACCACAUUGCAAGCGGAGUUUUUGGCAAGGUUAUAUGCUGGCGCCCAUGGUUUACCACCCAUUAAUUUUGAGGCACUUAAACAACAUUUUCCUACCACGCCCACCACACUACCAGGAUUUCCAGAUGCUACAACAGCAGCGUUUAUGAGUGAUCCUAGAUUCUUAAUGCAACACGGCGGUAAUCCUCUACUGUUUCCCGGCUUACCAGGACUACCAGGAUUUCCUCACCUAUCUCCCCACUUACUGGCUGCAUCCUCCUUUAAUGGUCUUAAUCCUUUCUGCAGAAGACCCUCAUCAGAGUCACAUUCACCACACUCGGGCACACCACCAGUCGUCACACCACGUUCUCCUCUCAUAGGUAAUCAAAAAUCUUCCACAAUAUUUUCAUCGAAUGAAUUAGAUUUAAGAAAUAAUUCUUCAUCACCCGUAAGUGUAAAUGAAACAUCCACUCCACAUCAUCCUUCUCAUCAUCAACAACAUACGCAUCAUCAGUCUCAACAUUUAUAUGGUGGUGGCAGUAAUGCAGUUGUUGGUAAUAAUAGUAGUUCCUUUCAACAUCAAAUCCAUCAGCAGCAGCAGCAUCAACAACAACAUCCAUCUCAUACUCCAGAUCGUAUAUCAUGACCCUCUAUGUCUGCAUCUCAUUAUCCACCCCAUAUGCAUUAUUCCGAAUUAAUGGCAUAUAGACAGUAAGUGAAAGAAUCAAAGAAUGAUACAAAAAAAGUUUAAAUUAUAAGUAGAUAUUUUAUCAUACAAGUAAGGUGCAAUAAAUAUAUUGCACAGAAGUUGAAAAAAGUAAAUUCAAUAAUUUCUUCAGUACUUAUUGGUUAUUAUCAGUUCCUGUUUAUAUUUCGUCCUAUAGCUAUGUCUAUAUUCUAGCCAAAAUUACUUUCUAUAGUCUAUCCUGUUUUUCGUCUAACAUAUAGUCCUUCCUUAAGUCAAGCCUAUGAUCAUAUCUAUAGAGUAGUAGUUUCAGUAAACUGGUGGCGGCUAACUACGAAAGUUUUUGACUUUUUUGAAGAUACUUAUGUAUAUGGGGUAUCUUUUAAGAGUGAAAACGAUGUGUUACCAAACUAACAAUGCUAUGUUGUCAAACAAGAAGAGGCUUUGUUGAAAUGGCAACCGAUUCUUUGACGAAUUAACAACGAGGUAUGGUCAAAAUGACACAAAACGUAAUCGAAUUGGCAACAAUGAGUUGUUGCAAUGACAACGAUGUAUUGUUAAAAUUACAACGGUUGUUGUCCAAAUUAUAAGUGGGUGUUUUUUAAAUUUUAUCACAUCCGUUGUCAAAAUGUUAACAAACAUGUUAAGCUGACUUUUAACAACAGAUUGUAUUAUUAAUUUCGGUAAUUUUCUACUGGUUCUUUCACUAUAGAUUAGCCUACGACUUUGCGUAUGGUUGUAUCUAAAGUCUAAAUUAUACUCCAUCUAUAAACUAGGCUGUGUCUUGCCUAUAGUCUAGCUAAUAAUCUUAUUUAUAGUCUAGUCUCUAGUCCUGUUUAAAGCCUAUAGUACUGCACUGUCUAUAAUCUCGAUUACAGUCAUUUCAAUAGACCAGCCUAUUCUUGGCUAUAGUCCAGCCUGUAGUUCUGGGAAUAGGCAGCAAAAAGUCUUUUCUAAGCUGUAGUCCUGUGUACAUUCUAGACGACUGUUCUGUCUAUUAAACUGUUUAUUAACAAAAGAUUCAGCUUAUUUUUUUUUAAUUUAAAAGGAUUUUUAACUAACCUAACUUACUGAUUUUGUUUAACUUGAAUCGAUUUCUGUGUAAAAAUAUAUAUAAAUAAAAUAAUGUAAAAGAAAUAAAUCAGCUCACUUAAAAUCUAUUACAUCAAAAUAGUAUUAUAAAAAAAUAUUAAAAUAACAAAAGAAAAAUUAUGGAUAAAAUUCAUAAAAUUAUUAAAAAUAAAAAAAAAUAAAUCAUUGAAAACAUAUUAGAAAAACACAAAAAAUACUCAAAAAAAUCAUAAUUGUUACAAAAAUCAAAUAAAAAUUAUUUAAUAAAAAAGUACACGUAUCAAUAAAAUUGUAUCUUUUACAGAUCCUUAGGUUUUCAUUUUUUUAAAUAAAAACAAAAUACAUUAAAUUUGAAAUAGACAAAAAACAAUAAUUUAAAAUUGACCUCAAUGA